CCGUGAUGAAGCGAAGUCGAGAGGUUUGACCGUCCUCAUUUUCCGUAGUUCCGAGUUGCGGUUUCUGUUAGUGUUUCCGAGUUGCGGUUUCUGUUAGUGUUUCCGGGUUGCCGCCAGGGAAUCCUCCGCGGUGGUGCAAGUGGAACUAAAGCCUUGAGGUUUCAGUGAGUAGGGGACCGACGUGAGCUUGAGCGUCCCCCUUUAGCGUCCCUCUUCGAUUCCUUGAAGACUCUGGUGCAGCUUAGCAAGAGGGCCCAGGAUUUUUGGAUCCCCAGCCCUGUGACAAGGGUUCCUGUACAGUUUCCCCCUCCCAGGAUUUCGACUCAGUUCAGCGAAGUCACCGCCCCGUCUGGGAAAUGAGGACACCAAGGCUUAGAGCACAGCCCCGAGGCGCCGUCUGCCAGGCCCCAUCCCCUCCCCCGCCCCUCUCGAUCAGCAUUGAAACCCCGUCCCUGCUCCAGGUCUCCUCUGGGGUGCAAGGCCCCGUGCAGGCCUCUACCUCGGCCGCAGGCCCUUCCGUCACCGUCGCUUCGUCUCCCUGACUGUCUGCAGGCCUGGGCAGCAUGGCCGUAUUCCGGUCGGGUCUCCUGGUGCUGACGACGCCGCUGGCCUCCCUGGCCCCUCGCCUGGCCCCCAUCCUGACGUCGGCGGCCCGGCUGGUGAAUCACACACUCUAUGUACACCUGCAGCCGGGCAUGAGCCUGGAGGACCCGGCUCAGCCCCCGUCCAGCCCCGUGCAGGCCACGUUUGAGGUUCUUGAUUUCAUCACGCACCUCUAUGCUGGCGCCGACGUCCACAGGCACCUGGACGUCAGAAUCCUACUGACCAAUAUCCGAACCAAGAGCACCUUUCUCCCUCCCCUGCCCACCUCAGUCCAGAAUCUCGCCCACCCGCCAGAAGUCGUGUUGACAGAUUUCCAGACCCUGGAUGGAAGCCAGUACAACCCGGUCAAGGAGCAGCUAGUGCGAUACGCCACCAGCUGUUACAGCUGUUGUCCGCGACUGGCCUCGGUGCUGCUAUACCCCGAUUAUGGGAUAGGAGAGGUGCCCAUGGAGUCCCUGGAUGUCCCCUUACCCUCCACGAUCAGGCCAGCUUCCCCCGUGGCCAGGUCUCCAAAGCAGCCGGUGCGUGGCUACUACCGUGGUGCUGUCGGUGGCACGUUUGACCGCCUGCACAACGCCCACAAGGUGUUGCUCAGUAUCGCUUGCAUCCUGGCCCAGGAGCAGCUUGUGGUGGGAGUAGCAGACAAAGAUCUGUUGAAGAGCAAGUUGCUCCCUGAGCUGCUCCAACCUUAUACAGAACGCGUGGAACAUCUGAGUGAGUUCCUGGUGGACAUCAAGCCUUCCUUGACUUUUGAUGUCAUUCCCCUGCUGGACCCCUAUGGGCCCGCUGGCUCUGACCCCUCCCUGGAGUUCCUGGUGGUCAGCGAGGAGACCUAUCGUGGAGGCAUGGCCGUCAAUCGCUUCCGCCUUGAGAAUGACCUGGAGGAGCUUGCCUUGUACCAGAUCCAGCUGCUGAAGGACGUCAAACAUACAGAGAAUGAAGAGGACAAAGUCAGCUCCUCCAGCUUCCGCCAGCGAAUGCUGGGAAACCUGCUUCGGCCUCCAUAUGAAAGGCCAGAGCUCCCAACGUGUCUCUAUGUAAUUGGGCUGACUGGCAUCAGUGGCUCUGGGAAGAGCUCAAUAGCUCAGCGGCUGAAGGGCCUGGGGGCAUUUGUCAUUGACAGUGACCACCUGGGUCAUCGGGCCUAUGCCCCAGGUGGCCCUGCCUACCAGCCUGUGGUGGAGGCCUUUGGAACAGAUAUUCUCCAUAAAGAUGGCAUCAUCAACAGGAAGGUCCUAGGCAGCCGGGUGUUUGGGAACAAGAAGCAACUGAAGAUGCUCACGGACAUUAUGUGGCCAAUUAUCGCAAAGCUGGCCCGAGAGGAGAUGGAUCGGGCUGUGACUGAGGGAAAGCGUGUGUGCGUGAUUGAUGCGGCUGUGCUGCUUGAAGCCGGCUGGCAGAACCUGGUCCAUGAGGUGUGGACUGUUGUCAUCCCUGAGACUGAGGCUGUAAGACGCAUUGUGGAGAGGGAUGGCCUGAGUGAAGCUGCAGCUCAAAGCCGGCUGCAGAGCCAGAUGAGCGGGCAGCAGCUUGUGGAACAGAGCCACGUGGUGCUCAGCACCUUGUGGGAGCCGCAUAUCACCCAACGCCAGGUGGAGAAAGCCUGGGCCCUCCUGCAGAAGCGCAUUCCCAAGUCUCAUCAGGCCCUUGACUGAAAAGUUCUCAGUGGGGCCAGACUGGCCCCUGGAGCUGACAAGCGACCCCGUGGUGAGGAGAAAUGGGGGCCUUGAUGUGCAUACUGGUUCAGGCCCAGAGGUCCAAGCUAUGCUGUGCAGGACAUGGCCAGGCCUGGUGGACUCAGGAAGCCUACCCAACACUGGUAUUUGGCCAACACUGAGGAUGUGGUUCAUGGAGGAGCAGGCCCCUCCCCACUCUUGCCCAUGGGUGACUUACCCACAGCUGACAAGGGCCAGCGCAAAUACUGGAACCUAUAACAGAAUUAAAGGUGAAUGUUCCCAG